GUGUCUCCGUUCCCCACCCUCUCUCUCCGCCGUCUCCUCCUCUCGCCUUUCUCCCAGGUUUGGAGCUCUUCCCGCAGCCCACACACACUCUUCCUCCUCCACCGCAUACCCCAAAACCGCCGCAAAUUCUCACUCCCCCCACCUCCCCGGCUCGAUCCGGCCUCCCGGAACCCCCAGCGGAGGCGAGGAGCACGGCCGCCAUUACCGACACCCCCGUCCCGCGAGGGAACCAUCGCCAAUUUCGCUGCUGUUCCCGAUCGAUCCGUGGCAGGGGUAGGGUUGUGGCGUCGGGUUAGGGUUCGGGUGGUUGCUGUGUUCGUGUGUCCUCCGGGGAGGUCUGGGUUCGGGUGAUUUGUGGGUUUUGGUGCUGUUCCUCUUCGUAUGCGGGGGACUAGGGAUUGGAGAGGCGGAGGGAGGGCUGUUUAGGGUUUUGAUUGGCCUAUGGGGAGCACUGGCGAGCCUGAUCGGAAGCGGCGGCUCUCCGGCUCCUUCCCGCAGCAGGGCGUCGCUGCCCCGGUCGCCGCCAAGCGCCCGGCGCUUCCCCCCUGCUCCGACGACAAGAAGCUUGAUUUUGCUGUACUUAAAUACAAAAAUCAGAAGCUUUCGGAACAACUAGAAGUCCAUAAGUCUGGGUACCGUGCCCUUGAGGGUAAAUUUGAUGAUCUCAAACAGAGACAGAAAGCUCACCAUGAGACCCAAGAUCUGGUUAACAAGUCUUGGGAGAGUCUUGUGACAGGUUUGAAGUCUAUUUCUCUUUGCAAAAGCGGCUCUCAAAAUUCUUCCUGCAGUUCAGGCCAUAGCAAUGUGUCCACAGAUGGUGCAUGCAUCCCAAAAGACAAAGACUUCCUUAGCAGGCUCGUCGAAACAGGUGCCACAGAAAGCAGUGGUUGCCAUAUGGAAAACAAUGCACACUCAUCAACUACUGAUGUGCUGAAGAAUGUCUUCUCGUCAAUUGAUUCAUGGGAUGCAAGCAAUAAGUUUCAGCCGGCUUUCGUUGCUGCAUUACCUGAAAAUGAUUCUAGUAGGGAACUCCAAAGUACCCUUAAUGAGCUAGUGCUAGAGUUUAAUGAGGCCAUGCAAGCACUUAGUGAUCUCCACUUGAAGCACAGAAAGUUGACAGAGAAGUACCAAAAUCAGAAAUAUUUAAAUGUUCAACGCAAAGCUGAACAUAUACGCCUUAAAGAGGAGUUGGCUAGUGCUGUUGCUGAGUUGGAAGAAAGCAACCACAAAUUGGCAGUCCUCAAAACACAGGGAGACACUACACGCGGAACUCCAACCUUCUUCCCUACUUUAGGAAAUAAGAACAUGGCAGAGGAUAAUGUCAGAGACAAACAAAAGGAAUUGCAGGAUCUUGAAGCGUGCCACAAGGAUUUUACGGAUUUGGUUUCACAACGUUUGGUGGAAAUUAGGAGACUGCAUGAAGAGAGAAUUGAGAUUUUGAACAAGCUAGCUACUUUUCAGAACACUUUGACGGAUUGCAAGAGCAUUUAUUCUUCACAAGCUUUUCAAGUUCUGAAGGAUCAACUCCAAAAGUCACAAGCAGAGUUAGAUCAGUGCCGGACACUAUUAGAGACAUUACAGGUUGACAAGGAUAAGUUGAUAUGGCAAGAAAGGGAAGUUAAUGCAAAAGUUGAUCUGGCUGGAAUUUCACAUAGGGUUUAUGUGAAUUGUGAGUCAAGCAUUGCAGUUUUAGAACAAAAUCUGCGGAAAGUAGUUGAUGAAAAGAAUAUGCUUCUGCUGAAACUUGAAGAGUCUUCGAGAGGACCUGGGCGGAAGCAAAUCAUAUCAGAAUUUAAAGCCCUUGUGUCAUCCCUGCCCAGAGAAAUGGGCGCUAUGCAAAAUGAGUUAUGCAAGUACAAGGAUGAUGCUUCAGAAUUGCAUUGUUUGCGAGCUGAGGUUCACUCCCUUUCUGAUGUUCUAACAAGAAAGGAAAAUGCUAUCAAUGAAUUAUUAUGUAGAUCUGCUCGUGCUGGAUCUGAAAUAAGGGAUCUACGAUCUACGGUUUGUGAACUACGGCAAACGAAUUGUGAGUUGAAGCUAUUUCUGGAAAUGUUUAAGCAUGAAUCUACUGAUUCAAGAGAUGUGCUGGAGUUUAAAGAUAGAGAAUAUCGUGAAUGGGCUCAUGUCCGGACCCUUGAAUCUUCUCUUGAUGAGAGUAGGCUAGAGCAGCGUGUCAAGGCAGCCAUUGAAGCUGAAGCAACAUCUCAGCAGAGACUAGCAAGUUGUGAAGCUGAGAUUGCUGAAUUAAGGGGGAAGAUGGAUAGUUCCAGAAGAGAUUUUGGUAAUUUAUCUGAAUUAUUGAAAUCAAAGCAUGAAGAGGGUGAAUCUUACCUGUCAGAGAUUGAGAGUAUUGGGCAAGCAUAUGAAGAUAUACAAACACAAAAUCAACAAUAUCUACAGCAAAUUAUUGAGAGAGAUGAUCACAAUACAAAGAUCUUUAUGGAAGGUGUUAAAGUGAAACAGACACAGGAUACCUUGCAUUUAGAGGUAUGCAGCUUGAACAGGAAUUUACGGCAAGCUAAGAGCUUGAUAGAUCUCUACAAGGAGAAAAUUUCUCAGCUUGAUGACAAGUUGAAAGUUUGGUCAGAGCAGGCAGUGAGACUUUCAGAGGAUGAACGGCGUCAUUCUGUUUCUUCGGGCAAUGCUCAAAGAAAGCUGGUGGAUGCACAGGGAGAGGCUCAGCAAUUGAGGUGUUCAAUGGAUCAAGUGCAAGCCAAAGUUGGGAGGAGUCGGUUGGAAGUUGCUGGGCUGCUUAUAGAAUUAGAGAAGGAUAGGUUUAGUAAGAGAAGAAUUGAGGAUGACUUGGAACUGAUGUCAAGGAAAGCUAGUUCUCUUAGAGCAAAGACAGAGGAAUCAUCAGUGCUGGAAAAGCUCCAUCAAGAGGCCAAGGAGUAUAGGGAGAUAUUGAAAUGUGGUGUCUGUCACAACCGACAGAAAGAGGUUGUGAUUACCAAGUGCUACCAUCUAUUCUGUAAUGAGUGCAUACAGAAGUUACUCAGAAACCGUCAGCGGAGGUGUCCUUCAUGUGGAUUAAGCUUUGGGGCUAAUGAUGUGAAGCCUAUUUAUAUAUGACGCCGCAGUGGUGUUUAAGGAUGCUGUCGUGGGACAUCUAGGGACACAUGACUUAACGCUGCUUGUUUGGCGUGCUACAUCAUCCUUCAGUCAGAAAUGUAGAUUAAACUUACAAAGUUUCUCCAAGGAGGACCCCAUAGCAUAUGCUAGUUUGAAGGCACGCACAAUGCCCAAUGCCCAUGCUAUGCCAGUGUGGCUUCCCGCUCCUUUGUAAAGUGUGGCAUUUUCUUGUUGAAAUAGCCGCUAGUCUUAGCUUCCCUAAACAUUCUAUUAUUUUAUUUGACAGAUCCAAGGAAGAGAAGUUGGCGACUCCAUAAAACAUACCAUAGAUUGUAUGAUAUAUAGUUUGUAGCUGGACAUGAAUUAUGUAGGUUUUGGCUGUCCGUUUCAGCUUGUACUUUGUACAUUUUCCCCCAUGCUUUUUUGUUGAUAGCCGAAUGGCGGUCAAAUGCAGUUUGUUUUUU